AUGACGAUUUGGGAAAGGAAACUUCUGGUGCUCAAAGUGAUGCCCCCUGAGGUGACCCUGUUUCGAGGCAAGAAUGGAACUGUCGUGUGCAAGGCAGCUGCAGGGAAGCCAGCGGCGCAGAUCUCCUGGACCCCAGGGGGAGACUGUCACACUGUGGAAGAACCGUUGGGCAAUGACACAGUGACCGUCCAGAGUUCAUGCCGCUGGGAGGACCGCCAGGUGUUUAACGUGUCCUGCUCUGUGUCCCAUCUCACUGGCAACAGGAGUCGGUCCAUAGAGCUGAAUUCGGUUGACUUGAAACUGAAUUGUUCUAGAAAAAAAUGCAAAUUAAAAAAACCGGAAGCUAAUUCAGUUGCUGAGGAGGAGGAAAUGCAGCCUUAUGCCAGCUACACAGAGAAGAGCAAUCCACUGUAUGACACUGUGAGCAAGGUGAAGAGGUCUGAGUUGUUACAAUAUGAAACUGAUGGGCUGUGACUCCAUACUUCAUAAGUUACUGGAAUCUAGCACUAGGACAAAUGAAUAAAGAUACAGUACAGCUACCAUUCUGAUUUUCUUAGAGUUCUACAAUAGAAAACCUAUUUUGAGAUUAGCUUUUCAAAGAUUCAGAAAAGAUUCUUUUAAAGUGUUUGAUUUCAUAUUCUUACUUAUGCAAUUGAUACUUUAGAAUGUUAGCUGCUAUUAGCUAGUUCUCUGAACUGAUAUUGUUACAAAGAAAGCAAAUGCUUAUGAUAAAAUAUUCUAAUUGCUUAGUACAGUAGAUAAUGAAAACUGAAUUCCCUCAAGAAAGAACUCUGCAGAGGAAAUAGUCAUCAAUCGGUUUUAUGUAUUCCUCCAGAAAAUUUUGUGUACAUACAUAUACUGAAGGUGUGUGUAUGUGUACAUUUACAAGGCCUUACAUAUAUACCCAUAUCCUUGUCAAGAUACAUAUUGGGAACAUACCGUGACACUCUUCUGUACUGAUAGAAAGCUAUAAUAUAAUAGGUCUUGGAGAUCUUUUAUGUGAAUACAAACAGAGCUACCUCAUUCUUUUUAAUGGUUAUAAAACAUUCCAUUGUAUGGUUAUGUCAUAAUUUAAAUAGCUGUAGCCCUAGUGAUAGACAUUUAGAUAGCUUUAAGUUUUGUUUGAAUGUUUUGCUGUUAUAACCAAUAACACAUAGAAUGUAUCUCUUUGUAUUUGUUUCGGUAUAUUUAUAGAGUAAUUUCCCUGAGUGGAAUUACCGGGUCAAAAGGAUUUGUGCAUUUUUGUAUUGAUUGAUAUGUCAAGUCGUAUCAAUGUACAUUCCCUUCAACUGUGUUUGAAUGUGCCUUUCCAUAUAUGUUAUUUUAAUAUAUGCAAGAUUCCCACUUCUUGAUUUUAAUCAACCAGUUAACUAAUGUGAUGUAAGAUUAUAAUAAAAAUUACACUAUUUAACAAUA